AUGGAUGUCGAUAUUGCUGGCCCGUUCGGUCCGGCGAUAAAAGGUGAACGAUAUUUCUUCGUUGGUGUAGAAAGGGCGAGUCGAAUUGUGUUCGCCGUACCGAUAACGACGAAGAACGAAUCGUCAGAUAUCGUUCGACAGUGUAUCUCGAAAUUAGAGAAACAGCUUGGUGAAAGGGUGAGGGUGAUUAGGUCUGAUGGGGGAGGUGAAUUCGAUAGCCUCGAUAUGAGGGAAUUCUACCUAUCAGCAGGGAUCAACCACUACAUCACACCAAGAUACACACCAGAAUUAAAUGGAGUGGCGGAAAGAAUGAUACGUACCUUGAAGGGGAUGGUAUCAACGAUGUUAUUCGACUCAGGACUACCGAACGAAUAUUGGUCCUAUGCUGUCAGAUACGCCGCCAUUAUAAUUAUGAAAACCUCGAUUGGUGUCAGUGGUAAAUCAGGCUGGACAUCACUCACAGGAAGAGACACGAACUUAGAUAGUGUGUGGAGAUUUGGUGAACGAUGUUUCGUUCAGAUACCAAGAGAGAUAAGGCUGAAAUCGAACUUCACGAUACCUAGGGGUUCGUCAGCCAUUAUACUAGGUCAAGAUGAGGGUGUGAGCGGUUGGAUCGUUAGAAUGGACGGAUUGGGACGAAUCGAACACUCACGAGACGUUCGUCGCUCGACAGGACGAAUGGUGGCUACUAGAGAGUCGCCAGAUGUCAUCCAAACCCCUCUUGACGCCAUCGAAGUGGAUCUAGACCCCGUCGUCAACGAAGAAAUUUUCCCUGACGACCGCUCAGAAAGUGGCGAACAGGAAAAUAUCGAUAAUGAACAAGGAAAUGAUGUCGAUAGAGACAACUCACCUAAUACAGGCCCACAACCUACUGAAAGACGACGAGGACAGGGCAUUUGGGGAGGAAAUUGGAUCUAUGAGAACGAUAUCGUCGAAAAUGAGAGAAAUGAUGAGGAAGGAAGAAAUGAUGGGGAUGAGGGGAUCCUGACGACACGUAUCGAAAGUGAUACUUCUCUCAUUGAUCCUAUCUCUCCUGAAGAAGCAGUAAACGGCCCAGAUGGUGAGAAGUGGCUGGAAUCCAUGGAGAAAGAGAUAUCUAACAUCGAAUCUAAAGAAACAUGGGUGGAAACGGUGUUACCACCGGGCCGUAAAGCCAUUGGAUGUAAAUGGGUAUUCAAAGUGAAGACAGAUUCAGAAGGAAACUUACUAAAGUAUAAAUCCAGACUAGUAGCUCAAGGAUUCUCACAGGUACCAGGUGUCGACUACGAAGAGACAUUCGCACCUGUCGGUAGAUCGGGGUCGUUACGAAUACUCUUGACUAUAGCGGCCACCGAAGAUCUCGAAAUUCGUCAGGCCGAUGUCGAAGGGGCGUAUUUAAACGGUAAACUCGAUGUAGAAAUUUACAUGAAGUAUCCCAAGGGGAUAAAACCGAAGCCUGGAUGUAAUACCUUGAAGUUAGUUGAGUCUCUUUACGGUUUAAAGCAAUCUGGCAGGACAUGGUGGAUAGAACUCGGCGAAGGAUUAUCUCACCUAGGUUUUUCAAGAAUCGAAUCAGAUUGGGGUCUUUACUACAGACCAGAAGGGAAAAUCGAAGGAAAGGGAGCAGCAAUACUGCUAGCCUAUGUCGAUGAUCUGGUAUUAGCCACGAAGUCGAAGGAAGAAGCGAAGGAAAUUUUCGAUGGGCUAGGUAAAAGGUGGAUAAUAACCGACCUGGGGGAGAUAAGUACUAUCUUAGGUGGCAAGGUAACAAGGAACAGAGAAGAAAAGACAAUAUGGUUAAACCAACCAGCAUAUAUCGAUAAGAUAGUUCAGAAGUUUCCAGAAAACGACUUACAUCGAGACCGAAAAACGCCAUUACCCCUUACUGCGAAAAAUCCAUCGAUGUCGGAGGUGGAGAGUGAAAUUCGACCAUUUCAAGAAUUAAUAGGAUGUCUACAGUGGUUAGCCACAUGUACUCGACCCGACAUAUCAUAUGCCGCCUCAUACCUUGCUAGGUACCUCACUAAACCGACGAAGAAAGUAUGGGAA